AGGGGGCGCUUUCGGCACGGGGAGCUGCGGAGCUGGAGGGAGGAGGAGGCGGAGACUGGCUGCAUCGCGGGGGCCCCGCUGCUCCUUUGCGCGCCGCCGCCGCCGGUGGGGGAAGCUCCGGCGCUGGGCAGGUGCAGGUCCGUACGCACCCGGCAGCUCCCGUGCCCGGUUCUCUGACCCUGAAGCCGUUGCCAGCGUGUGGAGCCCGCCCCACACCCGUCCCCUUCCGAAUCACGGCCUUUACCUGCGUCUUCCAGUGUUUCCCUUGCGACCCAUCCUGCGGGGGCACCUCGUGGGCCACCCCCGAGUUCACGCAACAUUCGGUGGCUCCAAUGGUGAAGAUGACCCGGUCCAAGACGUUCCAGGCGUACUUGCCUUCCUGCCACCGAACUUACAGCUGCAUCCAUUGUAGAGCCCACCUGGCAAACCACGAUGAACUCAUUUCCAAGUCUUUCCAAGGAAGCCAAGGGCGGGCGUACCUCUUCAAUUCAGUAGUUAAUGUGGGUUGCGGCCCAGCAGAGGAACGGGUGCUGCUAACAGGUCUACAUGCAGUUGCCGACAUUUACUGUGAAAACUGCAAAACCACGUUGGGUUGGAAAUACGAACACGCGUUUGAAAGCAGUCAAAAGUAUAAAGAAGGCAAAUACAUCAUUGAAUUAGCUCACAUGAUCAAGGACAACGGCUGGGAUUGAACCAAGAGGGAAGAAGCAUGCCCUUAACUUGAGAGAGAAGGCCAUCCAACUGAACAUUUAUCUCCAAGACCGAGAAGAGUGACUGUGUGGGGGGAAAAAAUGCUUGGUUCCAUGCAUUUGGGGCGGUUUGGGGGCUGCCUCGGGACACACCCUCGCACCCCGCCUCCGUCCUUAACUGAUGGCCAGCCUUGAAACUUCUGUCUCUUUUGCUUUGUAAUCUUUUUGUGAGUUGAAAUCCUGAUUCCCUUCCUCUCUCUUUUUUUUGCCCAUUCUGGCAUUGGGGUGUCUUUUUUCAAUCCAGUGCCCGUAACCAUUUCACAACUGAAGUCUAGGCACAAACUGAAGGCAGGGUUUGGGGGGGGCAGGGAGGAGGAGGAGGGACAUUUUUGUCCGAGGGACCCAUCUUGUGGGUAGGAGACGAGGCAGGUGGACUCCAGUUGCUUUUUUUCUGUUUUUAGCUUAAACCUUGGUCGACCAUGACUUGAAACUUGCGAACUGUCAAAAAUAUAUACCUCAUGGCUGUUUUCUCUCUGCAUCUCAAAACUUGCUGCUCCAAAAAUUCAGCCAAUGGAAUGCACCAUAUGUAGCCCUAGAUCUCCUUGCUAGACUCAUCCCUCUGAGUUCGUUUGGGAUUCCCCCUCCCCCUUUGUACUAACAGUCUCAAGGGGGAGGGCUUAAGGCCUCUGUGGAUCUCCCAGCCCUGCCGUGUUGUAUCCUCACCCAUUUUUCUCGGGGGGAGGAGCCUGUAGAAUGUUGGCCUUGGGAAUCCAAACUGCUGGCCAGUUUGCUGUUUCUGGGGAUGCAAACCCAUUCUGCGUACUAGAGAGGCCAGUGUUGAAACAUACUUUGGGGGGGUUGCAGAUGAAAGGAUGAGGCAGUCUUUAUUGACCCUUGCCCCCUGCAUUGCAAGCAUUUUGGCACUCUUGAGUGCUUCGGGAUCCAGUAAUUUCACAUGAGAAAGAACCUUGCAGCCAGUUUUGCCGACUUUUCUGGCCAACUCCAUCUGCGCUGGUUUUAAACUGCUGCUGACUGCUGCAAUGCAAACGGGAGAUGGGGAGCGUGGCUUGCGGUGGGGAGAAAAAUGUAUUUCGAAGCCUCACGGUAUUCAUCUGAUCAGCAGAUCAGUUUUUGUAAUGGGGGGGGGGGAGAGAACUGCAUUAGGAACAGAGAGAGAGCGCUGCACGGUCUUGUCUGCAUUGGCCCUGCCCACUAGCUCACAAAGAGCUCAUUAACGUCUCCCUCUCCAUCUCAGUGUGAAUACCUACCCUCUGAAUGCCUCCAGCUGCUCAUUCCGAUAUCCUGUGUAUUUGACCUGUCCCAGGGACUUGGGCAGUGGAGGGGGGAAAUUCUGCCAUAGCCUCUUUGCUGUUCACAGGGAAUUGGAAGGGCCCUUAAAGAACCCUUUGUCUGACUCUCUGUUUGCGUGGGAGGACAAGUGUUUGACUUCCGUAAUAAAGGGGUUCCUGGAUCGGGUGCUGUCCUGGUGCUCUUUGAGCCCAAGGGCAGCUACUCUUGAGGGCCCUUAAUCUUAUAUCCUCGUUUUCUAUGCCAAGGACAUUGAAAAACGUAAUACCAAUCGAAAUGGAUCACGACUCAGAACAGGAGAAAGUUGUUCUGUAAUACUUUUUUUUAACAAAAUAAAACCAUCGUGCUGUGGGA